GUCAUGUGACAGCGACUGAAAGGGGGCAUGGUCCAAAGCAAGGAGUCUUCUACACUCCUUUAAGAAUCCAGCUACUUCUCGCCUGCUUUAAUUUCAUCAUUCUUGAAGGGACAGUGUUGUUACAGAACGGAACAUUCCGUUCAUUUUUUUAGGAACUUGGGUUUCAGUUCUGUCGCCAACGUGAUAUGUCACAAGUUGAAAUGAAUGCAGAACCUAUGCCGUUUGGGUCCGUCCAACACAAGGGGACUGGGCAUGCGCAGAAGAAGGGUCUGACGGUGAUCACGGCUGCCCUGUUCCUGGUGGGAGAAAUGGCAGGAAGUGGAGUGCUGGCCCUGCCGAGAGCUGUCGUGGAUACAGGCUGGAACGGUGUGGUAAUGCUGAUACUGUGCUGCGCGGUGGCGGGACAUAACGGCAUCAUGCUGGGCAGGUGUUGGAACAUCCUACAGCUCCGCUGGCCGGAGUACAGGGACCACGUCAGGGACCCCUACCCGGCCAUCGGCGAGAGGGCUUUCGGGAAGGUUGGAAAGGUUGCAGUGAGCGUUUGUGUGAACAUAACGUUGUUUGGCGUGGCAACAGUGUUCCUGUUGUUGGCAGCGGAGAACCUACAGACCCUGGUGCAGGACCUGUCUCCUCACAAUAGCACAUUCUCCUUCUGUUUCUGGCUUAUCAUCCUCGCGGGGGCGCUCACACCAUUCACUUGGCUCGGGUCACCCAAAGAUUUCUGGCCAGCGGCUGUUGCUGCCACUGUUGCCACGGUCUUGGCCUGUGUCCUGAUGUUUAUUGGGGUUCUUGUGGACAUACCAAACUUCAAACAUGCAAAGGACCAACAAGAGGACAUUAAGGCGGUAUUCCUAACGUUCGGAACUAUUCUGUUCGCGUUCGGCGGAGCGUCCACAUUUCCCACAAUUCAACACGACAUGAAAGAGCCAGAGAAAUUCUACAGAUCAGUCGUCUUGGCGUUUGCAGCUUUGCUGCUGAUGUACCUCCCAGUGUCCAUUGCGGGUUUCCUGGUCUACAAGUCGGAGUGUGACAACAACAUCCUGUCUACCCUGACGGCGGGGGGUCUGAAGUACGCUUCUCUCAUCCUCAUCACGUUACACCUCAUCUUCGCCUUCAUCAUCGUCAUCAACCCGGUCUGUCAGGAGCUGGAGGAACGACUCAGGAUAGCCAACAAGUUCGGUAUUUUCCGGAUCUUACUCCGGACGUGCCUGGUGGGACUGGUGCUGUUUACCGGAGAGAGUCUGCCUCAUUUCGGCGCCAUCUUGUCUUUGGUUGGAGGAUCGACCAUCACCUGCCUCACUUUCGUCUUCCCCUCCAUGUUCUACCUGAAGCUCUCCAGACAGACGAGCCCUGAUUGGCCAGAAAUAGAAGUGCAGCCGUACGAGUGGGCGUGGCACAUAGAGUUCAUCCUGAUUGGUGUAGUGGGCGGCAUAGCCUCCACCUACUCCGCUAUUGACGGGAUCGCCGGCGGCUUCCAAGUGGUCCCCUGUUACGUCAACAUGACUGCUGCUGACAUGUAGAUCUGAUAAUUAUUGCGUAGAUUAUACAUUAAGAGCCGCACACAUAUUGGCUACUUUCCCUGAUAAUUGUAAGAAACUAAGAAAUGCAAUAUUGUUUAUAUAGCCAUAAACUUGGCCAAAAAGGCUUCCUUUCAGGCCUUAAGCACUAAAGGAAUAUAUUGGUUUAUCCAAAUACCAUCCGUUGAAGGGACGCCGAUAAUCUGAUCCCCUAUGGGGGAUAUUGGCGUAUACGUGAUUCCUGUGCAAUACAGAAAGGGCGCGCCUCUGAGGUGUCGCCAAAAAUAUUGUCCAAAAUGUAUAGAAGGUUUGCGUAAAAUCUGAUUUAUCAUGGCUUGCCAGCUUCUUUCUUUGUAAACUCUCAUGCCUCUUGCCUUAUACAGUACCUAUAUAACGAUAAUAGAUGUAGGCUAUUGUAUAGCGCAUUAAUAAAACUGGGCUAUUUUCCAUCAAAAACUCUGACUAGUAGUUAACUAAAAGGUUUUACAGAAAAUGUAGCCAACAUAAGCAAGAAUGCGGAUAUCAAGAACACGUAUAGUGACUGCGAGAGAAGGUUUUAAGCUGCGAAUGUAAAAAAAAAAACAUUGUGCAAUUUCUAGAACUCUAUUCUUGUUGGUAGAAAUGUGCGAAAAAGAUUCUUUUAACUGCUACGGCCAAAGGUGCAUCAUAUCAAUAUGCACCAAAAUGCAAAGGUGAUAUGUGAUGUUCUUGAUAUAGAAUAUUCGUAAAAAUUAUCCUUUUCCUUAUGUUUCACCGGAUCGUUCUCUUUUAAAAAGCUGCUUUAAUAUAUUUUUGUUAUUUUGAUAUUUUUUGUCUAAUCAUUGUCUUGUAAUGUACUUUUAGUAAUUGUUGUUGCAAACUGUUUCAAUAAACGUGUUUGCGAGACAGAAUAUCUAUUUUACAUUUCAGCUCGUCUUAUGCAACUGUAUACAGGGCCUUAAGUUGCAGUCACAAUGUUUAAAAAGUCCGUACGGGGUCCGUAUUGACAUUUUUUUUUUCAAAUGCAGAAGUUCGCAGAAAUAGUCAAUACGCACCUCAUGCGUUUUGUGCCAGUUCCAGUUACGUGUACCGGGCCGUACUGUCCGUAUGCCUGCAUACCCCAAACUGACACACAACGAUUGAGAUGCGAACGUGGUUCGCUUUUAAUUCAUGCGUACGAAUACGGCUGCAUAUGGAAAA